AUGGAGGAAUUCGCGACUCUGGACGCUUCGAUCGGCUACUGCUUCAAGCUGAUGAUCGAGGGAGAGUAUGAUUGGCCUUACUACUCGGAAGAGAAUUACUUCACCACGAUGUUCUGGAUGUGGACUUUCAUGGUUUUGCUAAAUGUGGUCAUGUUGAAUUUGGUGCUGGCCAUCAUUUUGGAUGUCUACGGCUCGAUUCGGAGGGAGACUGGCAAGAGUGAGACAGCGUGGCUCACGCUCUGGCGAAUGUUUUUGCAGCUCUGGUACCGGCGGGUCUGGGUGAAGAGUGCAACGCUGCUGCAGGCUUUAGACGAGCUGCCAGCUGAGAUCCGACGUGAAGAUCUGCAAGAGAAGUUCCCUUCCAUCUGCAAUGAGCAGCUCAAGGUCUUGUUCCAGGAGUGCCACUUCCAGGUCCAAAUGGACGAUCAAGCAGCCUCUCAGAGCAAGCGGUGCAUGAAAAUGGCACUGUCCUGCAAAUUAGCGUUGGAUCAGGUGACAGACACAGUCAAAGCACUGCACAGUGGCACCAUUGAGACCGGUGGGCAAGACGGUCCAGAGUCAGACUGGGUCCGGAAAGUCGCGGAUGAAGUGGCAGAGCAGAAUCACUAUAUGUCGACACUACGAAAAAGACUGGAGACGGUUCAAAAGCAGUGGGAGGCAAUCAAGCAGAGAGAGCAGCCUCGGCAUGGUUUGAAUGAGGGGAUGGGCCAACGACUGUCGGCUUCAGAGAGUGCCCUGUUGCCGGAGCUCCAAGCGGACGUGUACCAUCUUUGA